GAUCAUGUGACGCGCAGCGCCCGCCUCCUCAGGUCCAUGUGAGCGGGGAUUACUAGGAGUGACGUCAGAGCCGGGAGAUCGCAGUGAUGGAGAAGGAAGACGAAGAUUCCAGUCCAAAACAAGCAGAUCACAUGGAUCGCAACCCGUCCCCUCCGACCAGCGAUGACGAAGACGAGCAGCCGGGGGAUUGUAUCGGGAACACCAUGUACAGCAAGCAUUGGUUCUUCACCACUCUGACCAAACUGAUAGAUACUGUUACUGCGCAUAAAGAUAAACUGGCGGAUGGCAAGGAGGAGGAAACCAGCGUGGAACUGGAUGAAGACCUGGAGAAUGACAUCUGUAAAGUCUGGGACAUGUCUAUGAAUGAGGAGGUGGUGCAGUUCCUGGUGGAGUUCACCGCAGCAGAAAUAUUAUUAGGAGUCAUCACAAAAUCGAAUAGUAAUCGACUGACAGAAAUCUGUGUGGGAAUUCUGGGUAACAUGGCCUGCUUCCCGGAGACCUGCCUCCACCUCAGCAGCAACGAAGACUUGGGGGAAGUUCUUCUUUUAUUACUGAGUGACACGGACCCGCCAACACUACUAGAAACCUCCAGGUUGCUAUUGACGUGUCUGUCUCAGGCGGAAGCAAUGAGCACGUGGCUGGAAAGAAUCAGGAAGCACUCCUCCGUCCGAGAUAACCUGUGCUUUAUCAUGAACAGCUCCACUAAUGUGGACCUCCUGUCUAAAGUCGGAGAAUUGGUGGACAAGCUGUUUGACGUGGAUGAAGACUUAAUGAUCGAUUGGAUAAAAGCUGGGAGCCAGCAGCCAGGCGCUCCAAAUGCCGAUCUCGAAGAAGAGAAACCCGCCCCGCUCACCCUUGUUCGUUCUCUACUGGAGGCUGCGAAACAGCUGAAGUGUGAAAGAUCAGAAGGUCUUGAUGUAUACAUGCACAUAUUACAGCUGGUGACCACAGUGGAUGAGGGCAUUCAGUCUAUAGUACAGUCUCCAGCGGAUGGGAAGCGGAUAUGGGGAUUUUUAUUCAAGCUGAUACGUCGGGAUUUGUGUCAGUCUGGGGACCCGCCACUGAUCAUCCAGGAGCAGAAAACCAUCUUAUCCUACAUCCUGGCUGUCAUGUCCGCCAUGUUCUCCUCCCAGACAGAGCAGGAAUACACCCGGACUGCAAAAAAUCUCCCCUUGAUCAACAGCCUGACCCGAUUUCUGGAGAACUUGGAGAUCUGUUGGCGGAGGAGCAACGGCAAACACCACGAUCAAGGUGAUCCUAAAAAAGAAGCGGCCAUUAAAGAGGAUUUCCAUAUGAAGAUAUUGAAGGACAUCUGCUGUGAAUUCCUCUCCAAUAUCCUCAAAAAGCUAACAAAGGAGAACAUAUUGGAGGCACUCAAACAAGGAUAUGUUACCAAGGAGAAGUGUCUGUGUGCGCUUCGGAACUUGCUCCCCCUCUAUUCUCUUUCUAUGAACAGUUUUGUUAGGGUGUUGGGAGAAGCGGACCCGGGCUUGGCAGAGACUCUGCGGGAAGAGAUCCCUGCACUGAGAGAGGAGUGCUAAGAGUGCUACGGACCGUCAACCGACCACCCGUCUGCAAGAGCUUCCUGUAGGCCUCGGUGUAGGAACAUCACCUCCUGGGAACAGGUCUCCACACAUCUGUCCUAUCAGGACCUAAAAUCUGACUCUGCAUCCAGUCCAUGGCUGUGGGUGGCUGUAUUUGUUUUCCAUUUUCAGGCUUGUUUGACUUUUAAUUUUCACCAUUUGAUCCUGCCAGCAAGACUCUUCCUGUCUGAGGGUGACGACGCUCACUCACCAUACUGUAUUGGGCAGAAACAAGAUAUUUCUUCAGAACCCCGCCCCUCUUCUAUUACCCGUAACCUAGAGGGACAUUACUCUGUAGUCAUCAGAGAUUAACCUAACUGAUCACAUUAAGCACAGAGUACACAGGGGCCCAGAUUCUCAAAGGGCUUACGACGGCGCAACGCCAUGUACGCCGUCGUAAGUCCUAAUCUGGG